AUGAUCGAGGAAGCACUAGUAUGGAGUAGCAGUUACAAAGUUGGUUCCCUUCUUUUACUAUCUCCACUUCGCCAUCGCCAUCUCCAUCUCCAUCUCCAGGUUACGUCUUCUAUAACCGAUAUCAGAAGCAAGAGGUUUUGUGAGAAGCUUGUGUCCAAAAUGGCUAAUUAUGAAGGACAGGCGGUUACUAGUGGUAGCGAUGUUAGAUCAGGGAGUAUGAUUUUUGAGCCUAUUUUGGAAGAUGGAGCGUUCCGUUUUGAUUGUUCUGUGAAUGAUCGAGAUGCAGCAUAUCCCAGUAUUUCUUUUGCGAAUACCAGGGAUAGAGACACACCUAUCUCUACUCGGAAGGUUCCUUUGUACAACCCUACGUUUGAGUGUCUUCUAGAGCAGCAGGUUGUCAAACUUGAGCUGCCUAUAGGUUCCUCACUCUAUGGAACUGGAGAAGCUAGUGGUGAUCUAGAGAGGACGGGCAAAAGAGUGUUUACGUGGAACACAGAUGCAUGGGGUUAUGGACCUGAAACUACGUCCUUGUAUCAAUCACAUCCAUGGGUUUUAGCUGUUCUUCCUAACGGUGAGGCACUUGGAAUUCUUGCUGACACUACAAGGCGCUGUGAGAUUGAUCUGCGGAAAGAAUCAACAAUACAGUUUAUUGCUCCAUCCUCAUAUCCUGUCAUUACAUUUGGCCCUUUUGCUUCACCUACUGAAGUGUUGAUAUCCCUAUCAAAAGCAAUUGGAACUGUAUUUAUGCCCCCAAAAUGGUCAUUAGGCUAUCACCAAUGCCGUUGGAGUUAUUUAUCUGACCAGAGAGUUCUGGAGGUUGCUAAAACAUUUCGGAAAAAGAGUAUUCCUUGUGAUGUGAUAUGGAUGGAUAUCGAUUACAUGGAUGGUUUUCGUUGUUUCACCUUUGACAAGGAACGUUUUCAAGAUCCUGCUUCUCUAGUGAAAGAUCUCCAUUAUAGUGGUUUUAAAGCUAUUUGGAUGCUUGAUCCUGGAAUCAAGCAGGAAGAGGGUUAUUUUGCAUAUGACAGUGGUUCUAAAAAUGAUGUUUGGGUCCAAAAGGCAGAUGGAACUCCUUAUGUUGUCCGUGCAUGGUGGGCAAAUUUAGUUCAAGACUUCAUUUCCAAUGGUGUUGAUGGUAUAUGGAAUGAUAUGAACGAACCAGCUAUCUUUAAGGUUGUAACAAAAACAAUGCCUGAGAGCAAUGUUCAUAGAGGAGAUAGUGAACUGGGAGGUUGCCAGAAUCAUUCAUUCUAUCAUAAUGUGUAUGGUCUACUGAUGGCAAGAUCAACUUAUGAAGGCAUGCAACUAGCUAAUGAAAAUAAGCGUCCUUUUGUUCUUACUAGAGCUGGAUUUUCUGGCAGCCAAAGGUAUGCUUCAACAUGGACUGGAGAUAAUCUCUCUACCUGGGAGCAUCUUCAUAUGAGUAUCUCCAUGGUACUUCAGCUGGGACUUAGUGGUCAGCCACUUUCAGGUCCUGAUAUUGGUGGAUUUGCUGGAAAUGCGACACCUAGGCUUUUUGGAAGGUGGAUGGGUGUAGGUUCUUUGUUUCCCUUUUGCCGAGGGCAUUCUGAAGCUGGCACCACUGACCACGAACCUUGGUCUUUUGGGGAAGAGUGUGAAGAAGUUUGCCGAUUGGCAUUGACGAGGCGCUACCGCCUGAUCCCACUUAUCUACACUCUUUUUUAUUUUGCUCACAUAAGGGGCACUCCAGUGGCAACCCCUACUUUCUUUGCUGAUCCAAAAGAUCCUAGCCUAAGGAAACUUGAAAAUUCGUUUUUGCUUGGUCCAGUCUUGAGAUACCUGUAUGGGAAAUAUGCUGGUUUUCCUGAUGCUUCUGUGCAUCCUUACUGUAAAUUUGGUAUAUCCUUAGUCAUCAAGAAAGGCACCUUACCAAGACAGAGGUUGGAUAAGAUGGAGAUUACUUUGCCUAAGGGGAUAUGGUUAAGUUUUGAUUUCGAUGAUGUGCAUCCGGAUUUGCCAGCUUUAUACUUAAAAGGUGGUUCAAUUGUUCCUGUGGGCCUCCCUCUUCAGCAUGUUGGAGAAGCUAAUCCAUCAGAUGACUUGACCCUUCUUGUGGCUUUAGAUGAACAUGGUGAGUCAACGCCUUCAAACAUACCUUGGCAUGCUUGUACUGCCAUCUUUUUGAGUUGUGAUUCCAAUAAGUCCUUAGCUUCUUUUGAUAAGCUUCAUGGGAAAGCUGAAGGUGUUCUAUUUGAGGAUGAUGGUGAUGGAUACGAAUUCACAAAAGGAAAUUUUUUAUUAACACAUUAUGUGGCUGAACUUAAAUCAUCUGUAGUUACUGUGAGUGUCCACAAAACUGAAGGGUCAUGGGGAAGACCUAAACGCCGCCUGCAUAUUCAAUUAUUACUGGGUGGGGGUGCAAUGCUUGAUACAUGGGGAAAUGAUGGAGAAGUUCUGCAAAUAAUCUUGCCUUCAGAAGAUGAGGUGUUGAAGCUAGUGUCUACUAGUGAGAAGAAAUACAAGGACCGUUUGGAAAAUGCAACUCCAAUUCCUGAUGCAGAAGAGGUUUCUGGACCCAAGGGAACAGAACUUUUAAAAACUCCCAUUGAACUGAAAAAUGGUGAGUGGGAUCUUAAAGUUGUUCCCUGGAUUGGGGGUAGAAUAAUCUCCAUGACACACAUUCCUUCAGGAACACAAUGGCUCCAUAGUAGGAUUGAGAUCCAUGGAUACGAGGAGUAUAGUGGUACAGAGUAUCGCUCUGCUGGCUGUUCUGAGGAGUAUUCUGUCAUUGAUAGUGAACCUGGGCUCGUGGCAUUAGAGGGUGACAUUGGUGGAGGAUUGGUUCUACGACGUCAUAUCUAUGUUCCAAAGAAUGUUGCCAAUAUCAUCCAGAUAGACUCUAGUAUAAUCGCGCGUAGUGUUGGAGCUGGUUCCGGAGGGUUCUCAAGGUUGGUUUGCUUACGAGUUCACCCAACAUUCAAUGUUUUGCAUCCGUCAGAGUCUUUUGUUUCAUUUACUUCAAUGGAUGGAUCGGUGCAUGAAGUCUUUCCUGAUGGUGGAGAGCAAUUCUUUGAAGGAAACCUCAUUCCUAAUGGUGAAUGGAAGCUCAUUGAUAAAUGUCUUGGCUUGGCACUGGUCAACCGAUUUAGUGUCAGUGAGGUAUUUAAGUGUCUCGUUCACUGGGAUUGUGGCACUGUCAAUCUGGAGCUUUGGUCUGAGAGUAGGCCUGUUUCAGAGCAAUCCCCUCUUCGAAUUUCCCAUCAAUACGAGGUUGUCUCUGAAUUGUUCCUAACGCCGAGUAGUGCUGCUACAGAAAAUGCACCUAAAAACUACGCAUCUGAAUUUCUGCGCUGUUUCCUUUCUCCUUUUCAUCUGGAUCCCUGUUCUGUGUAG